AUGUUUGUAGGGGAGAAUGGGGCAACGGAAAACAUUUGUGGUCAAGUGACCAUUAUUUUUUCAAGCCCCUCCCAUUUCCCCUUGGCCAUUAAGGAGAGGACCUUAUGGCGCUGUGGUGAAGAUUGGUUUGGCAGCUUCCUAGCACGUCGCCAUCUCUCUGUCCGUACUCCAGAGGCAACGUCCCUGGGAAGGGCUGGAUAUGUGUCUCCUCGUGAAAUCCUACCACUUCCCAAAUGUCCCCCCAGAACACAAACCAAACGAAAGCGUGUGAAGACAGCCAUCCUAACUGAUACUCCUGAGAAGCAGGCAAUUGAAAAGGUUUAUAAAGAAAGACAAAAGAAACUGGCAGGGAAAAAGCAAAAUAGCAAAGAAAAGGGAAAACCAAAAAAGAAAGCAACCAAAAAGAAAAUCAUAGUUAGCAGCUCUGAGGAGAGUGAUGUCCCUGUCCCAAUUGAUAAUGUGUCUGAAGAAGAGAGCUCUGAGGAUGAGAGAAGUGAUCCAGGAAACUCAGAUCUGUCCAUGGGUGACUUUGUCAUAGUUAACUUUGCAACCAAACAAAGGAGUGUCCGUUACAUUGGCAUGAUUGAGAAAGUUGAGGAUGACGAAAUACUUGCACAAUUUCUCAGAAGAAUCCAGGGAAACACGAAAGAGUGGGAGAGACCCACGUUUGUUAUAAAGGAAAAUGAUGUGGCACAUGUUCCUAAAAGUGAUGUGGUGAAGAAGCUGCCUCAACCUAAAAGGCCUGGAGGAACCACACGGAGAGAGCAACUCCUCAUCUUUCCCUGUAACCUUCAGGGCUGGAAUGUAGAGUAGGCCUAGUUGUAGAGCAUGACAGUAGGCUGAUGUUCUAAUCCAGGUGGGUCUAGUGUUGUGUUCUGCGGCCCAGGCUGUUCUAGCUGGCUCUAAGGGUCCUGUGUUCUGACCCCCAGACACUAGCUGGCUCUAAGGGUCCUGUGUUCUGACCCCCAGACACUGGCUGGCUCUAAGGGUCCUGUGUUCUGACCCCCAGACACUAGCUGGCUCUAAGGGUCCUGUGUUCUGACCCCCAGACACUAGCUGGCUCUAAGGGUCCUGUGUUCUGACCCCCAGACACUAGCUGGCUCUAAGGGUCCUGUGUUCUGACCCCCAGACACUAGCUGGCUCUAAGGGUCCUGUGUUCUGACCCCCAGACACUAGCUGGCUCUAAGGGUCCUGUGUUCUGACCCCCAGACACUAGCUGGCUCUAAGGGUCCUGUGUUCUGACCCCCAGACACUAGCUGGCUCUAAGGGUCCUGUGUUCUGACCCCCAGACACUAGCUGGCUCUAAGGGUCCUGUGUUCUGACCCCCAGACACUAGCUGGCUCUAAGGGUCCUGUGUUCUGACACCCAGACACUAGCUGGCUCUAAGGGUCCUGUGUUCUGACCCCCAGACUGUGUUCUAAUCUAACGGGUUCUAUCUGUCAUUUGAAUGUUAAUUAAAACAUUUUGAAUUAUAUUAUGUUGUAUUUGAUUUUGUUCAGAGUUACUUUCAAGUGUUUAGAAAAACAAUGUGCUUAAUUGACCAAUCCCCAUGAUUCUGUUACUAUUCCGACAUUAGUUUUUGAAUGUGUGGUUGUCAAGCUAGCUGUCAGGAUUUUAACUGUAACAACAUGUGUUGUUAUGGUAGUUUCAG